GGUUGUGAGAGAAAUCAACUACAUAGAUGAUGGGUAGAAGUCAGAACUGAAGAUGGGUCGAGUUCUCAAGCAAAGUACAUCAUUGUUUCUGCAAGCAUAUGAGUUCUAUAGAGUAACCUCAUUGAGUUCAAGCCACAUUUGGAGCCUAGGAGGCUUCACUUUAUAUAUGCAUAUUUGAGAGAUGAAUUGUCCCUUGUGCUAUUCUACUUUUUGGGUCGCUUCUCAUCCUAGAAUCUCCCAGAUGACGGGGUGCUUGUAAGCCAUUUCAUUAACCUGCCGGUAACUCCCAUAGGUUAUUUAACAGCCAAAACCAUGUCACAUUCUACACAUCAAACAAUAAUCCAUCCUGCUCCUAGGGAAGCUGAGGAGCGUAGGCAGAUAAUGUUGAGUCAGAUAUUGUCUGCUCAAGCUCGAGAAAGACUUGCUAGAAUUGCACUAGUCAAGCCUGAAAAAGCUGGAGGUGUUGAAGACGUUAUACUUCUAGCGGCUCAAAUGGCUCAAUGAGAUGGAGUUUGCUGGAUUCGGCUCUCAAGCUGGAACUGUCUCAUAUCACCCUUUUGCAGCUUCCAAGUAGAUGGUGUCUACAUAAGAAGCACGGAACUUGUAUAAGCUAUUGUUUGGAAC